GUUACACUUUCAAAGCCUCGACUCGACAUGCCAUUGUGUUCGCUGCACCUUGGCACCCUCCCUCACAACUACCAUUAUUCCCAAGUCAAGCCAUUCGGUUUCAUAGCCUUGCAAUAUGGCUGAACCCGAGGUCGCAACCAAAGCUCCGGAGAGCGAUGCAGAGGAGACCGCUCCUCUCCAAGACACGCCUGCUCAGACAGGUCCGGCGAUGGGGGAGCACUGCACCACUGAUAGACCAACUCCCAGUGGCCAAGCUCCCACAGGCGAGAUCUCCAACCUCGGAGGCGUUGACGCCUAUGUAUCCAAACCGACAGACUACCCGCACGCCCCUGCCCGCUUGCUUCUACUCCUCACCGGCGGGACCGGCCUCCACUCCACAAACAACCAGAUCCAGGCUGAUACGUGGGCCAGCGAGGGCUUUGUCGUCGUCAUGCCCGACCUCUUCACCGGGGAUCCAGCUCCGAACUCCCGCACGUUGAUUCCCGAAGAUGCUGGCGGCGGGUCCUUCCUGGACACCUUCAAAAUCAAGGCGGCCGAGGCGGCCAAGAGCUUCCUGAUCGACAUGUGGCUAGCCCGACAUACGGAAGAGAAGGUACUCCCGCUUUUGCACAAAGUGAUGGACGCGUGCAAGGACGAGUUCGCCGACGCCGUGAGCAACGGUGGCGGCAUCUAUGCCGUGGGAUACUGCUUCGGUGGCCGAUAUGUGCUGUUGCUGGCCGCGGAGCGGAGCCCGCACCAGCAGGGCAUUCCGUCGCCGUGGGGGCAGAAGCCAACAGAUGAGGAGGAGAACCUGCCGAAGACCGUUGGCCCCUAUAUCAAGGCCGGAGCCAUUGCGCAUGCCACUUUGGUGUCGAGAGACGAUUUCGUCGGCUUGAAAGCGCCCAUUAGUCUGGCUUGUGUGGAGAGCGAUCCCAUGUUCCCAGAUGAUGUUCGGACGGCAGGAGAGGAUUAUAUGAGCAAGAACAAUGUCGAGCACGAGGUCCAGGUAUAUCCUGGCGUGCCGCAUGGCUUUGCGGUUGUCGGGGACUAUGAGAAUGAAAAUAUCAAGCUGGCACAAACUACUGCCUUUGAGCAAAUGUUAAACUGGAUCAAGGAGCAUUGAGCUGGGUUGGAACAGUACGGCGUUCGAGGUUAGGCUUUGAAUUUAUGCAGUCCUGGGCACAAUACCUAUUCUAUCAUCAAUCGCAGAGGUGGUCAUUGUAAUGGACCCUAGCUAAUUGUGC